AUGGUCCAUAGGGUGUAUUCCCAAUGCCUGUUGAAGAAUUUGAAGAAGAAAAUGCAGUACUCAUAUAGGUGCCUCUGUGCUAAACAGGAAUCCUAUUCAUCUUCCUCACCAAUAUGGUUUGUGGACUCUGAUGAGCCAAAUCUGACAUCAGUUCUGGAACAUCCAGAAGAUACUAAGAACAACCAUUCGGUGAAGAGAGAAGCCAAGCUAUUUUCUCUUUUCCUCAUGAACAUUAUAUUUAGAAAUUAA